CCCGGCGCCCGGCUUCCUGGGCGGCCGCUAGCCCUGCUCGGCCGGCGGGGGCGGGGCGCGGCCUUAAAAGGCCGGGAGGAGUGGCCGUGCCCGGGGGUCACCGGCACAGGGUCGGCCGCUGUCACACGCGCCCGGCUUGGCCCCGACCCGCGCGCACCCGGGAGCACGGCGCACAGUCGCGCUCGCACCGAGUCCGGCCAGCCGUUCCGGCCCGUCUCCGAGAGCCCUCAUGGGCCCCGAGGCCACCUGCCCGUGGAGCGGCCCCCUGCCUCGCCUCCGGGUGAGGACCUUGAUCGAGCCCGUGGUGGCGUCCACGCAGGUGGCCGCCUCCCUCUACGAGGCGGGUCUGCUCCUCGUGGUGAAGGCGUCCUUCGGAGCCGGGGCCUCCUCCAACCACAGCGCCAGCCCGUCGCCCCGGGACGCUCUGGAGGACGAACAGCAGAGGGCCAUCUCCAACUUCUACAUCGUCUACAACCUGGUGGCGGGCCUGACGCCCCUGCUGUCCGCCUACGGGCUGGGCUGGCUCAGCGACCGCUACCACCGCAAGAUCUCCAUCUGCGUGUCCCUGCUGGGCUUUCUGCUCUCCCGCCUGGGGCUGCUGCUCAAGGUGUUGCUGGACUGGCCCGUGGAGGUGCUAUAUGGGGCGGCGGCGCUGAACGGGCUGUGCGGCGGCUUCUCCGCCUUCUGGUCGGGCGUCAUGGCCCUGGGAUCCCUCGGCUCCUCCGAGGACCGCCGCUCCCUGCGCCUCAUCCUCCUCGACCUGAUCCUGGGCCUGGCGGGAUUCUGCGGGAGCAUGGCCUCGGGGCACCUCUUCAAGCAGAUGACUGGGCACCACUCGGGGCAGGGCCUGGUGCUGACGGCCUGCAGCGUGAGCUGUGCCACUUUUGCACUUGUAUACAGCCUCUUGGUACUGAAGGUCCCCGAGUCGACGGCCAGUCCCAGGACGGCACUCCCCGCUGUGGAUACGGUGUCAGGCACAAUUGGCACGUAUCGUACCCUGGAUCCCGAUCAGUCAGACAAGCAGGAUGUGGAGGGGUACCCUCCAUCUCCCGGGAAAGCAGUGGCCAAAAAGACUGUCAUCGCCCUGCUCUUUGUGGGUGCCGUCAUAUAUGACCUGGCAGUGGUGGGCACCGUGGACGUGAUGCCCCUUUUUGUGCUCAGGGAGCCUCUCAGGUGGAAUCAAGUGCAGGUGGGCUAUGGUAUGGCAGCCGGGUACACCAUCUUCAUCACCAGCUUCCUGGGCGUCCUGCUCUUCUCCCGCUGCUUCCAGGACACCACUAUGAUCGUGAUUGGGAUGGUCUCCUUUGGGUCGGGAGCCCUCCUCUUGGCUUUCGUGAAAGAGACAUACAUGUUCUACAUCGCAUCGUGGCCUACAAACAAGCCUCAUGACUGCAAUAUGGAGACAUCGCAGAGAAAUGAAGGUGCUGACCGACGGGAGCCGAAAAUACCAGCAAUGGCUUCUUUCGAAGUCAAAAGAAGGGACUGGGUGCUGGUGACCAAAGCAAGCCACUGCUCCAAAACCCCAGGUUCCAGCCGGAGUUGGCUUGGGCAUGAGCUGCUCUGGCUCAGGGGUCCCUGGCUGGUGGGGAAAAGCACUUUCUUGGUGAUAGAACUUUCUCAGCUUUCAGACGUCCCUGUCAGAGGUUAGGUUCUGGGGACAGUAGAGGGUGAACUUCCAAGGGUUAGAUGCAGGGGGCCGUGCGCAGUCACACGACACGCAUAAAGGGCUUCAGACAGCAGCCCCUUUUCUUCCAGGAGUUGGCUCUAAGGUACCACUAACUAGUCACCUGGGUGCCGUGCUGGGGGUCCCCCAGGAAAACUCAAGCCGAAGCAUGCAUUUUCAACAGCCUAGAGGGAGCGCAGAGGGGAUGCUUUGUAAGAACUCCCAACAGUGAACAUCAGCCAAUAUAUAUAUAUUUUUUAAUUAAAAUAAAA